CUAGCAACUGUCGUGCCAGGCGCAGUCAGGCAUACCAAGUUAAGUCGAGCCCGCACCCCUGAGCCUUGGUUGCCGCUCAGCCUGGAAGCCCUAGCGUAGUGGGAAAAUGGAAUGCCAAUUCAACUACUGGCACAGCUGCUAGUGUUAAAGCCUAAGUCAGGCAUUAAUAAGGCCCAAGAAACCCCAAAAUGGGUGGCCUGGUCGAUGGUCGACCCGGCGUGUCCGGCGGUGGCGGAGGUGGACUAAUUGGAUGGCUCAAGCAUCUCGUCACUGGCAGGAAACAGCCAGCAUCGGCAGGUUCACUAACGCCAGCGGCCCAUGCUUCCUCUUCGCCUCUUUUUGGGCAUUUGUCCCGCAAGCGCGUCGCUGUCGAGGAUGCGCCGGCUUUGUUGAAUUCGCCUGGCGCGUCCAGGCCUGCUAGCCCGGCUCCAGUGCGGAUGUCAAACCCAGGCGGCCCCACUGUGCUGCGACAGCAGACCUGGGUGACGGGGCGCCAUGACGACGAGGGCGGGCCGCACAGCGCUGGCGUGCCUGGGGACCUGGUGGAGGAGUGUGCGGGCAGCCUGCCCGGCCCGCCCACAUCCACUGGCUCGACGCGGGAGUCGCGGCGGCGCCUGGCGGCCGGCGCCAUGUCCGGCGAGCUGCUGGAGUGCACAGCGAGCAGCAGGAUGGAGGGGGCGGCGGCAGCACAGGGCGCGGGCAGGGUCAGCGGGACUGGCGCGGCCGGCGCUUGGGCGCUGGGCAAGAAGCCAUCAGGCGGCACCACGGAUGUUGAGGAGCUGGACCCACGCCGCCUGGAGCACUCCUUUGUGGCCUCACGGGUGGCGGCGGCUCUGCGGAGCGGCGGGCCAUCAGGGCGGACCCAUGAUGACCCGCCCGGCUCACGGCAGCUCCGCACCGUUGUCAGCAUGGCGGCCGCGACCGGCCACAACAGCGGUGUGGAUGCGGCGGGUGGGUGCAAGUUGGGCGUACGGCCGCGUGCGAGUCUGGGCGGUACCACAAUGCUGGUCGCACCCGCCAGUGCGGGGCGGCCUGACCUGAUGCCGCCGCCCAAGUCGGCACUCAAGGGCGGCCCCGGCAAUGUGGCUGCGGGCCCUAGCUGCAGCCGCCUGGGCACCUUCAGCGGCGCUCUGCCCACUGCCACAGUGGGCGGCGGCCGCACCACAGGCAGCGGCGGGCAGUCAUACUACCACACGGGCCCGCAGCACCGCCACCACCACCACCAGGCGCGUCACGGCGCUGAUGACGCGGACGCGCUGGAUGAUGAGUACUGCUGCGACCUAGGCGAGGAGGAGCGGGGUGGAGGCGGCGGCGUGGGCCCCGACCCCAUCGCCAUGCACGACGUGCAGACACGGCAGACCCGGAACGUGCAGGAGCAGAGCAGCCACCACAGCACCCAACACCACGAGGUGGAGGACGUGGAGGAGGUGGAGCACGAGGGCAACGGCAGCUUGCACGGGUCGCCGCAGCACGCCUCCAAGCCGCACAGCGAGGGGUGGCCGGGCAGCGAGGCCAGCACUCGGCGCCGACGGAGGGAGGCGGAGCGGCACGAGGAGGUCCAGUCCCAGUCGCGGCACGAGACCACCGAGGAGACGCGCUCGCACCGGCACUUUGGCGCGCACGGUGGCGAGGAGGAGGGUGAGGAGCGCACCACGCGCACCGAGAAGCACCACGAGGACAACAAGACCGUGACUACUCGGGAGCAAGAGGAGCUGGAAGAGAGCAGCUCGCAGCAGCCGGGGACGGACCGCGCCUCGCACUCGCGGCAGUCGCGCACCAGCACCCACUACAGCCACUCGCAGACGCAGUCCACACGCCGUGUGGUAACCACCACCAACACGCGCCUGCAGCAGUCCUCCAGUGUGCCGGCGCCGCAGCAGCAGCACAACAGCAGCAGCAGCAGCGGUCCGGGCAAUGCCAUGGGCAGCUCGCCGCGCCACCCGCGUGCCACCGCGCCCCACAGCGGCGCCCCGCCCGCCACCGCCAGUACUGGGCCGCCGCCUACUGCCGCCACCCAGCGCUCCGUGCCGCCCGCCACUGCAGCCACCAGCAUCCCGCCACCCACCGCUGCCACGCAAGGCACGAGGCCGCAGCCGACCGCUGCCACAAAUGGCUCUGCACCACCCGCCACUGCCACCUCAGCAUCGCUGCCCACACCCUCCGGGCCGCCACUACCGGGCCGCUACAGCAGCACCAUCGCCGGCAUGGACGUGGCGCCGGACAGCGCCGCCGAUGUGGAUGCAGCUCCGCGUGAGGCAGGCAGCAGCCGGCGGCAGCGCUUGGCGGCGGCGGCGGCAGCGGAGGAGGCCGCAGCGGCAGCCCUGGACGGCCACGCCUAUGGGGCGCGGGGCGGCCGCGAGCGGGACCGCGAGCGCGCUGCCGCUGCCGCCGCGGCCGCCGCAACCGAGGCCGCCGAGAUGGCCGAGUCGGCGGCGCAGCAGGCUUAUAAUGCCUACGCCGCCGCGAACCGCCUGCAGCAGCAGGUCAGCCCGGGACGUGCGCAGCGCUACGGAGGUGGGGCCUACCCGGGCGCUAGCAGCCCGCAGCCCGUGCAUGGCAUGGGGGCUCAUGGCCGUGUGAGCGCAGCAGGCGGCGAGCCGGUGCGUGUGCGCGAGUACCGCCGUCAGGGCACACUGACGGAACGCGACCUGGCGCACAUCUCGGGCACACAGCCCUACCUGGGUGUGGACAGCCGCACAGACAUCCUGGAGAGGUUCCUGGAGGACGCAAGUGACGGCGCGGCAGCCGCAGCGCGGCCCAGACCACACGGCCCGCGUGUCAAGCUAGGGCCGCCGCCCAUGACCCCCGGGGCCUGCAGUGCCGCCUCCACUGCCGCGCCCGCCGAGCACUUCAUGGCAGCGGCCGAGGCGCAGGCGGCGGCGGAGCGGGUGGCGGCGGCGGGAGGCGGCUACGGCGGCUUCGGCCCCGCCUACACUUACAGCGGCGGCGGCGAUGGCUACAGCGCCCGGCCCCUGAGCCGCAUCGGGCCGCAGGGCCUGGCCACUGGCGCCGGCAGCCACCACUACCAGAGCCACAGCACCAGCCACCAGCAGCAGCAGAAGAGCAGCAGCAGCACCCACCACGUUGUGGAGGUGCGCUCCAGCACCAUCACCGGAGCAGGCUGCGGGAUGGGAGGCGCACUGCAGGAGCAGCAGCAGCAGCGGAGCCAGCGCACACAGCACCAGCAGACCACCACAACCACCACCACGGUUUCCACGCACACCACCUCACAGCAGCUGCAGGCGCAGGCAGCAGCCACUGCGGCUGCGCUUGCAGCGGCUCGCGGCCAUGCCGCUAUCCUGACUCCCGGCCAGCAGCACCAUAACCAGCAGCACACCACCCACCACAGCACUACCACCACGAAACAGCAGCACACCUCGCACACAACCAGCACGCAGCAGCAAACAACCACAGACGGCCUGCGGCGACCGGCCGCCACCGCUGACGGCGACGGCUUCGCUGCCGCCGCCGCCGGCGGCAAUGGCGGUCCGAAGCAGUGGCGCACCUCGCCCGGCCGCCGCGCCACGGACCACAGCCUGCUGGGUGCAGAGGUGCUGGUGCUGUCGGGCCCGGCUGGGGCUGCAGCGCUCCACGCCGCCGACAUGUCCGCCCCCACGCCUGGCGGCGGCGACAUGCGGCACGGCGGAGAUCCCUGCGGCCGUGCGCCCUACACAGUGGAGGAGCCGGACGACCAGGAGGGCGGCGGCGGCGUCAUGGGUAACGGCGGCGGUCUUGAGGACGAGGACGAAGAGCAGUGGGACGGAGCAGGCAACCGCACACACCGCCGGCGGCGCCAUGUGCGCAUCGCCUCUGCCUGGCGCAAGGACGGUGUGCAGCCCGGCAGCUCCGGCGCAGGCCCGCCGCCGCAGUCCGGCAGUGGCGGCACCAGCGGCGGCAAGCGGCAGAGCGGCGGCGGCGCCUAUCCCGGCGAGCAGCCUGGCUACCCGGAUGACGGCGUGGAGGUGGGCUACGGCGGGGGCGGCCGCAGUGGCGGAGUCAACAACCGGUUGCCCAGUGCUGGCAAGCCACUCAUCGCAGCGUCGGGUAAAUCCUUCACGCGCACCUCGCCGCCCCGCACCGCCGCUGGCAACCGCGGCGUGAGCGGCGCGGGCGACGGCGGCCGCAUCUCUGAUGGCCAGAUAGACACCGACCUGUACGGCAAGUACGACACCAGUAGCAGGGCGCUGGCGGCACAGGCCUCGCUCAUGCGCACCAGCCGGCGCGACCCGCACCGCGGCACCCACCGCAUGGACGGGGCCAUGGCGCUCGCCACCUCCGUGCCCUCAUCCGCACUCAACCCGCUGCUCUGGCAGACAGCGGCCGGAUCACCCAACGCCACACUGGCGGGCGGCAGCUACGGACCAGACCUGGGGCUGGGCCCGGGGCUGGGAGGCGGAGCCGGGGGUAUGGGUAUGGGCAUGGGCGGUGGGCCGGGCGGCUUUGGUGAGCGGGCAGACGGUGGCGGCCUGAUGCACGCCUGCUCGCGGCGCUACCAGUCCUCACCCGGCAUCGACGGCUCCAUUCCACCCGUGCCCACCACCUCGAGGUACACCGGCGCGGCGGGAGCGGCAGGCGGCGGCAUGGCAAGCGGCAUGGGCAUGGGCAUGGGUGGUCAUCGGGACCGCGACGUCAGCCCCAACUCGCGCAACUAUGCCGGUGGCGGCAUCACAGGCCGCGCCAACCUGGGUCUGAGUGCGGGCCUGGCGGGACUGUCAGCAGGGCUGGCGGGGCUGGGCGGGGGGGGCCGGCGUGCACGUGACCAGUGGGACCAGUAGUGAUGACGUAUGUGGCCCUGGUCGUUGGCUGGUACCAGCAGGCAACCUUGCUCCUCAGGGGUUGGGUCUCAAGGCGUUAUAUAUGGUAUCUCAAUAAAUAUCACUUGAUAGUGGAAGUAAUGCUUUGCAAGGACGAGAAAAUGCGCCAACCAAUGCAUCCCUCAUCCUAGAGCGCAUUCCGCAUCAUCUCCACCUUCCCUUGUUGAAAACAUCUAGGCAACCAAGCGCGGGCAAUAAAACAGAGCACUCCAUUAUUAUGGCUAUGUGUGUUGCAACCAAAGCGCUGCGAUGGCUUAGAGCCGCGACUUAAUGCAAUGAAGACAAUAGAAAGUGAUGCUGCAUCUGCAAAAGUGGCAUGCAAAUCUUAUGUACUGGACGGCCAGCUGAAAUAGGGCUGUUAAGGAAGGCCUCGUCAUGAGUUAUGAAGUUGAGUAAGCCCAAUUGAUGAGGGCGUGGGAACAGCGGAUAGCGGACCCGCAUGCAUUGCCCUCAGACGGCCAGCAACGUGGCAAAUACAAGCACUCGAUGGGUCUAAGCGCAAUACGGUCCGCACCGCCGACCAUGCAGGACCAUUGUUGAGCGCUUUUGCUAGUUGCACAGCGUAGGCUUUUAAUGAGAUUGCAUUAUGUUGCUGGCCAAUCACUGCAAACCGCGCCUGGGAGAGGCCUAGGGAGGACAGGACGUGCCCGCAGUGUACGGCGAAUGAGGUGGAGGACGACCACCAUGCCUUGCUGCAGCCUUUGCCGAGCUUCAGGUGAGCAGUGGUAGCUUUUCGAGGUUCAGUUGCGGCGUGCAUGUGUGUAGUGGAGGGGGCGAGCAAGGCCACGUGGAGGAGGACAGCGCGGCGUCGCCCAAGAAGCGGCGCCGGCGCGCAGGUUGAGGCCGGCCGGUGUCUAGUUAGGGUCUUUGCUGGCGAGCAUAGCACAGCGCAGUAUGUGGUAGACCGCACGCAGCAGUGAUGAGGAGUGUUGUGGCUAGAGGAUUUCCUGCUGCUUGGUUGAUUGGUGGCUGUGCUGUUGCUUGGCAGCGGGACGUGGCUGGACACAUUACGGCGGGCCGUGCCUGUACGAACCGACCCCCAGCUAUGUCCGGGCGAUGAGGUUGUUCGGCCUCAGACUGUGGAGGGGCUCAGCCCCUUUUCGGUGACCGGGGAACACUUGUCCUUGUCCGCUGCUGAGGCGCAAACGUGGUCGUAUGGGAAAUGACAUUGGGCUGGGCAUUCAAGUUGUCACGGCUUCCCGGAGAUCCCAAGAUCGCCGACGUGGCCGACACGAACCGUGUGCAGAGGGGCACGGGUCGGGGCGGAGGCCCCGAAUAUAUUGCUGGGGUUGCACGAAGCGACGGCAGCGUAUUUGGGCAAUCGAGCGAAGCCCUGACUGCCUUCGCCUAUCCGCCCCCCCCCCCCCCGGAAAAAUGGUGCAUUGUGGCCAAAAGUUCGAGUCAGUGGCAAGGUCAGUGGGGCAAUUUGCGUUCCGAACGAAGGAAGAUACGGGCACUGACUGCAGGUCUGCAGCAGUGUGAGCAGGCCGUCUCUGGAUUGACCCGGAUUGAUGGCAGUGCCUGGAUAGCGAUAGCGAGUGAUUGGGAGUGUGUGUGCUGAAGCGUGUGUGAGCAGAGGACAGGUUGAGCCCGUCCUCCCCAGCCGUCCGGCCUAGGUCCGUUGACGUAGGGAUCUAGAUGGGUUGAUCCUGUCUCAGCGGGAGCCCCAAUACACCGUC